CAAGAUCUACUGAGUGCCAUGUUUUGUGCUGGACGCUGCCUACGUAAGCAGGAAUCAAGCCAGGUCCCCGCCAUUGCCAAGCCCACAGCCGAGUAAGAGACUCCCAAACGGAGCAAAUGGGCUGUAAUCGAGGGAAGAUGGAAGAGCUGAGUCAAGCCCUGGCUAGUAGCUUUUCUGUGUCUCAAGAUCUGAACAGCACAGCUGCCCCACACCCCCGCCUGUCCCAGUACAAGUCCAAGCACAGUUCCUUGGAGCAGAGUGAGCGACGCCGCCGGUUAUUGGAACUGCAGAAAUCCAAGCGGCUGGAUUACGUGAAUCAUGCCAGAAGACUGGCUGAAGAUGACUGGACAGGAAUGGAGAGUGAGGAAGAGGAAGAUAAGAAAGAUGAUGAAGAGAUGGACGUUGACACUGGCAAGAAGUUACCAAAACGCUAUGCUAAUCAAUUGAUGCUGUCUGAGUGGUUAAUUGACGUCCCUUCAGAUUUGGGGCAGGAAUGGAUUGUGGUCGUGUGCCCUGUUGGAAAAAGAGCCCUGAUUGUGGCCUCCAGGGGUUCUACCAGCGCCUACACCAAGAGUGGUUACUGUGUCAACAGGUUUUCUUCCCUUCUGCCAGGAGGCAAUAGGCGAAACUCAACAACAGCAAAAGACUACACCAUUCUGGACUGCAUUUACAGCGAGGUGAACCAGACCUACUAUGUUCUGGACGUGAUGUGCUGGCGGGGACACCCUUUUUAUGACUGCCAGACUGAUUUCCGAUUCUACUGGAUGCAUUCAAAGUUACCAGAAGAACAAGGACUGGGAGAGAAAACCAAGCUUAAUCCCUUUAAAUUUGUGGGGCUAAAGAAUUUCCCUUGUACUCCUGAGAGCCUGUGUAAGGUGCUGUCUAUGGAUUUCCCUUUUGAGGUAGAUGGACUUCUCUUCUACCACAAGCAGACCCACUAUAGCCCUGGAAGCACUCCUCUGGUGGGCUGGCUGCGCCCCUACAUGGUGUCUGAUGUUCUUGGCGUAGCCGUGCCAGCCGGCCCGCUGACCACCAAGCCAGAAUAUGCUGGGUACCAGCUCCAGCAGAUUAUUGAGCACAAGAGGAGCCAGGAAGGCAUGAAGGAGAAUGUCACACACAAGGUGUCUGAGAGCGGACGCUAUGAGUUGGAACACCUGUCUACCCCCAAGCUGAAGAGCCCUCCCCAUAGCCUGGACGCCCCUGGGAGCCUCAUGGAGAACUGAACAGGGUGGCUCCUUGGGGAGUCACAGGAUGGUGCUUCAUCCCAAAAAGAAGUCUGGGGAGGAAGACAGUGACAACAACAGGUUAUUUCAUUUUAGAGUGGCCUUUCCAAAGCCACUCCAGUUGGAUACUGCUUAUCUCCUAUCUGAAAUGCUGGCUCAGACCGUUGAGAGUGGUUCCCAGAUUGGGUCGUCUUUGGAUUUGAACAGUAAUUCCUGUGAAAAGUGUAUCCCAGAUAUCCACAAUGUAAAUAUAUGUAAUUCUUAUGAAAGAA